AUGGCUGGAGGUCUCGCCAAUUCCCCCUGUCCUGGACUUCAAGACGAGCAGCUUCCUCCGCUUCCUCCCUCCACCAAUGGCCAGAGACGCCGAAGCCUCCGCAGGUCCUACAAUGGCCACCACAGGUCUCAUCCAACUAACAGGGGCGGGGCUGAAAUGUCCGCAAGCCGGGCCGGGGCCGGGCAAAAUGCUCAGGCCCAGGUAACAGCAAGUACCUCUAGGGGCAUAGCUGUGACAGGAACAUCGCCGCCGAGAGGAGUGCUCUUGGAUUUCAACGACGACGUGGAAUUUGUCCAAUUGGAACCGAAUAUGGUAGCCGACAUGGAAGCAGCGCAAACAGCCAAUCUUGCAUCAAAGGAAAAACAGCGGGUGUCAGAGCGGCCCGUUGCUAUAGGCAGCCAUGCGCCAGCUCCGGGGGUCUCGGUCCCGGUGGUCGGUGAGGAUGGAUCCCCCCACCAGACCAUUGAUGCUGCGGCUCAUGCCGCCUCAGCGGGCCUGGACACCACCGUCAGCAGCCACUAUUCUCUCCCCGCAGUUAUAGAAGAUGUUGUCCCAGUCACGUCCCAAUCACAGUUUCCAGGUUCGCUCGUGUCCGACUCCAUUGAGGGCGGGUCAUCUCAUGCAUCGCAAACAUACCAGCGGGUGCAUGAGAUUACCCAGAGCCAAAAAGGUGAUUCUGCGAAUUCUAAGGAGUUCCCCUGUCAACCAACACAGGAGAUUUCACCGAGGGCAUGCCGGUUGAUCUUGAUGACGACCUGGAUGUCAUCCUUCCAGUAG